ACUUUUCUGAACUGUGUGUCGUAUUUUCUCUUUAAAACAUGGCUCUUAAUGAUGUUUCUGCCGGUGAUAUUUUGGAAUUGAAUUCUGAUAGAACAUCUAAUCCACUGUCAAGAAAAUUAAAUAAACUUUUAGAAGCACGUCUAGACACUGACAAAGAAACUUUAGAUGCCCUCAAAGAUUUAUCUACAUUUUUCACCGAAAAUAGUAUUCAGAAUAGAAGAAAUUUGCGUAGUGAAAUUGAGAAACGCAGCUUGAAAGUCAAUGAAGAAUUCUUAGAUUCAUUUCGUGAGCUGAAAGAGGGACUGGAUAGCCUGUAUGAAGAUGUUUCUGCUAUGAAUGACUGUUGUAAUGAUAUGAUGAACAGGCUGAAAGUUACAAAGUUACAAACACAUGAUCUGAUUAAUGAAACUACAAAGUUGCAAGCUGAAAGUCAGAAAAUUCAGAUGAAGCAAGAAGUUGCUCAAGCAUUUUUGGAUACUUUUCAUCUGACAUCAGAAGAAGUGAAAGUUCUUAGAGGAAGUAGAGAAGGUGUAUUAGAUGAGAAUUUUUUCAAAGCUUUAGCAAAAGUCAAGAAGAUUCAUAAUAAUUGUAAAGUUUUGUUACGCAUUAGUCAGCAAACAGCUGGUAUUGAAAUUAUGGAGUCAAUGGCAUUGCAACAAGAAGCUGCUUAUGAGCGUUUAUAUCGUUGGACGCAAAAUGAAUGUAGAUUACUGAAUGUUGAUUCUCCUGAGCUGAAUCCUUUAUUAAGCAAAGCUAUGGAAAGCUUACAAGAUCGUCCUGUUCUCUUCAAAUACUCUCUAGAUGAAUAUGCUAAUGCUCGUAGAGCAGCAGUUGUUAGAUCGUUUAUUGAUGCUUUAACUAGAGGUGGCUCUGGUGGGACACCUCGACCUAUUGAAAUGCACUCUCAUGAUCCACUACGUUAUAUUGGAGAUAUGUUAGCUUGGUUGCAUCAAGCAACAGCAUCAGAGAAAGAAAUUUUGGAAGCUGUUCUAAAGAAAUGUUCAGGUAAAGAAUUAGAUAAUGAAAUUCAACUUGCUUUAUCACACAUAACAGAGGGACUUUGUAGACCACUUAAAGUCCGUGUUGAACAAGUUAUUGUUUCAGAACAAGGAGCUGUUAUCUUGUUCAAACUAGGUUCUGUUUUGAAAUUUUACUUGCAUACUAUAAAACAAGUAAUAAACACUGAAGCUGCUCUGCUGACUACAUUAGAAGAAAUGUAUCUUUUAUCCCAAAAAAUGUUCUACAACAGCUUAACGUGUCACUGUAGCAGAGUUUUGGAGAAAAUUGAAAUGCCUCCUGCAGAUUUGGGGCCUCCCGAAGCUCUGAAGCAAAGCCUUGGAUUGCUUUGUGAAGUGUUGUCUUGCCAAGAUGCAUGUCUAGUGUCUGUUGAUGACAGGCAAAAAGAUGUACCGCAGAUUCUGGCUACAGUAAUUGAACCACUGCUUCAGAUGUGUCAUGUUUCUGCCUCCAAAUUAGCAAGUGCAGAUAUGGCUACGUAUCUUGCAAAUUGUAUUUAUUUAAUACAUUCUACAUUAAUGUUAUUUGAAUAUACAGAUCAACACCUGGAAAUGCUGCAAGCUCAGAUUGAUGCUCAUCUUGAUACCCUUGUAAGUGAGCAAGCUUCAACUGUAGUUGGCCAACUUGGUUUGGGAGCUCUAUAUACAUCAUUACAAGAUUUUCAGCCUAAACAUGGUCCUCUAUCCAGUCUUCCAGGCUGUGAUGCUUUGGCUAUACAGGCUGCAGUGAAAAAACUUGAUAGCUUUUUAGCUGCACCUGAUUCUUUGACAAUACCACAGAGUAUUUUAUUACUGUCAGCUUCUUUAAGACAAACUUUAAGAAAGCGAUCAAUGGAAUUACUGUGUAAGGCAUACAGUCAGAUCUAUGAAGCUGUAAAUCUUCCAAGCAAUAAUUACCUUGAACCAAAGCUGUUACUGUCACGAACACCAGAGCAAGUAAAAACAUUACUUUUAUAAAAGCAAUGGCACAUAUGUUUUGUAAUAAAAUGCAAUAUUUUUAUAGUUAUUGUAAUAUAUGUAAAAAUAAAAUAAUAUAUAUAUGUUUACA